AUGAGAACCUUGUUUUUGAGAAAUUUACCUCGCCGUCCGACCAGCGAAGAUGCUUUUACAAGGCUCAUUCUGAGAGCCAUUGAUCAGGACAGCAUAUAUGGAAAAGAUAAAGACCUGCCUCUUCCCAAGAUUAAUCUCUCUGAGCUUCCGGUUAACAAGGAUAGAAACCAUUUCGGCAGGUUAGAACGAGGCCAGCUGGUAUCGGCUCUGGAUGAAUUAGUAAACGAAUGGGAGAAGGACGAAACAGGAGGUAUAUCAUCAAAAGUAUUCUUUGAUCAUUUGAUAAGCACUUUGAAACUACGAUUGGCGUCCGAAGUUAACGGUCUCACAUUAUCUGGAUUCAACGCCUUGACCAAAAGUGCGGCCGAGGACUUAGACUCUACACUCGAAAAGGUAAAGUCAGAAGACAUAGGCUUCGGUUCAAGGCUUUCCAAGUUACGAAAUACUGUUUGCAUAAGAGAGAAAAAUCAGAUCAUACCGUUGCAUGACGAAUAUGGUAUCUUGAUGAUUUCGCGGUUGGGGUCUUCUCAUGUAGAGUGCCAAGCUUUUAUGACUUUCAUCGACUCGGGGCAUGCCGACAAAUUUCUACAACGAUUUCAGCACUCACUUGUCGUCCAAGGGCGUAAAACAAGUGUUAUUCCUGCUAAACAAGAAUCGCUUCUAGGAGCAUAUCUUGAAAACGGUGGCAGACAUGUAUUCAGUAUUAUCGCGAGAAGAAGAGCACUGCGAGAAAUGCACUUGAGUCCAGAUUUGGCAACAGCAGCUGUUAUAAAGCGGAAACUGCGAAGAUUGAGGCAUCGACUGCGAAUUAAAGGUCUAAAUGAAGAUGAAAUAGAAGCACACAUUUCUAAGGUUAAUCAGGCCCAAACCACGAAGGAAGAAAUUUCGAGGAAACGACAGGCCUCGCCAACGCAGGAACCAAUUCCGAAAAAGAGACUGGUGGUUGAAAUUAGUGCCAAUCCUCCAAACAAAGUUUUGCUGGUGCAGAACCUGCCAGAAAAGACAACGGAACAAGAACUAAGCGAUCUUUUUGCAGGGAACGGAUUUAUUGAAACCCGUUACGUCGCGGUCAGAAAUUUAGCAUUCAUUGAAUACGAGUGUAUUGAAGACGCUACAGUGGCCAAAGAUAAACUGGGUCAAACGCACAGAUUUUUGGACACCCUAAUAACAAUCGGGUUUGCCAAAUAA